AUGGCAACCCCUUUCCAGAAUACCUACCACCUCCGCAAAGUCGCCGACGUAACCCCCUCCCCUCCCCCAUCCUCAACCAAAAACUGACAAACAAUACAAGACGUCCUCAAAACCCUGCACAAUAUGCUAUAAACAUACACCGCAAGUUCUGAUAACCCCGGACCAGAAAGACUUUUUCUACGUGUGCCUCUCGCACACACGGGACCGGGGCUUCGCUACCGCAGUUGUGCCGACGAUGAAGGAGGAGACGGAGGGGGCACGGAAGGUACGAGAGGAUAAGGAGUUGGAGGCGGAGGUGGAGAGGGUUAAGAGGGAGUUUUUGGAGAAGGAGAGGAGGGGGAAGGAGGAGAAGGGGAAGGGGAAGGAUAAAGAAAAGGAGGGGGAGGAAGAGAAAAAGAAGGAGGAGGAGAGGAAGAAGGAGGAGAGCAAGAAGGAGGAGGAGAGGAAGAAGGAGAAGGAGAAGGAGGAAGAGGAGAAGGAGAAAAAGAAUGAGGAACCGAGGAUUUUUGCAUUGCAUAAGUAGGUUCCCGAGGUUGAACUUCUGUCACUGGUGCCGGUGGGCGUCCUAACCUUGGGACCAUGACAGAACAGUUUUCGAAUCCCGCGUCCGCCGCUACCGGCAAGUCCUGCUGGCAAAGCUAAAUCAAGACCGAUUGCGCAACGGAGCGUUCCCAUCGGUGCCGACCGGCUUGCCGUGA